AUGGAGAGAAAGAGUGAGAAAAGCAAGGGUGAUCAUUAUGACUUGGAGGACCGAAUCACUGCGUUGCCUGAUGAUCUUCUUUCUUUGAUAGUCCUUCGGUUACCUGUUAAGGAAUCAGCAGCCACUGCUAUUCUCUCUAAGCGAUGGAACACAUGGAAAUCUGCAACAAAUCUCGACUUUUCUGAUGCUAGGUUCGUUAUUGCUAAAGGUUAUUACAGGUUCCUUCAACUGCAACGACCGGAAAAUUAUCAAUCGGAAAAUUAUGAAUAUAGCGAGAGAUAUGUCAACUUGGUAAAUGGUGCGGUUCAGCAAUAUAGUAAUCUGAUUAUCACACGGUUCAGGGUUUGUUUUAUUAUGUAUCCUCGGUUUGCCGGAGACGUUCUUAAUUGGAUUCAGUUUGCUAUGAAUAAGAAAGUCGAAAUACUUGAGUUGGAGUUUUACACAGAUUCUGGUUAUACAGGUGAUCAGUGUCCUCUGUAUCCUUUUCCCAAGAAACUAUUAAGUCAUCAUUCUUGUGAGGAUAUUGGAUUCAAGUUCCUCAAAGUUCUCCAUUUUAGACGUGUUGAUGUGACUGGAGAAGUGCUCGAGUACUUCUUGUCGAACUGUGCUGCUCUUGAACGAUUAAUUGUGAAUGCUGCCCACAAUCUUGUGGAUCUCAGAGUUGUUGGCCUCUCUAUUUCCUUGACGCAUUUAACGUUGAUAGAUUGUAUUCGCCUCAAAAGAAUUGAGGUUCGUGAUGUGAAGCUUGUCUCUUUCCAUCUUUCUGGUAUGGAGGUGGAAAACAUGUCUCUCACUAACGUACCGUUGCUUGUAGAUGUAUCCUACAUGACCUCCAUCAUGAAAUUUCAUCGAGUGAGAUCCAUAGAGCGUCUCUUCACCCGACUUUCAUUUUGUAUUUCACAACUAGAGACUCUCAGAUUAGAUAUAAGCGGAGGGGGCUACAAUCAGAAGGAUGUGUUUCCUAUAUUAUCAAAUCUCAGGCAUUUAGAAUUGAAACUUGAUUCUCACUGUGAAGAUGAUAUUCCUAAUUUUAAACGUUUCAUUGAGGCAUCUCCCUACUUACAUAGACUGGUGUUGAAGUUGCACAAGUGUAAGCGUACGAGGCCUGGAUAUAAAUGCAGGAAGAUGGGCAGAAUUUCCAGAUUCCCCCGUGAUUACCUCAAGGUAGUAGAGAUAGUAGGGUAUCGUGGUACUCAUUGUCAUGAUGAACUCGCGCUCUACUUUGUAAUGGAGGCUGCCGCAUUGGAGAAACUUGUUAUUGAUCCUGUCCGGCGUUGGCGUGAUUGGCUGGAUAGAGAGGGAGAACUGCCUCUUCCAUAA